UAGAGGGAGCUCUGCCCCAAACCCGCAUAAACAACUUUUUACCUCCAGCGUGCAGUGGUCUCUUCUCUUUCUACCUCUUUUUGGAUUACACGAUACGAUUUUGAUCUAGUUUCACCAUAAACAAAAUGGGACAACACGGCAGUUGUAUUCAGGGACAACCGGAUUGGUCUGGACCAUAUGAAAAAACUUCAUCCAAAGGUCAAGAUGAACUUUAUGAUCAGAUUAGAAAACUUGCAACAAUGAGUUCCAAAUCGAAAGAUUUGCAAGAAAUCGAAAACUACCUCAUAAAUAAAAUAAAUCCAAACUGUCCCCAGCAUGGAAGACAAUCUCUUUACAGAAGCAAUAGUAAAACUUCAUCUACAUCUUCCAAAAUUUCAACUGCAAGCAAAUAUGAAGAGCUAUUCCACAAAGAAAGUUCUUGUAAAGACAUCAAUUUCAACCAAAGUCAGACAGAUAACAAAACCCCAAGCAUUAAACCAAUAAUUGUCAAGAAAAGUUCAUGCAAAGUUCAUGGUCAUGCCAAAACACAAGAAAUGGUUGCACCUUCUUCAAUAUGCCGUGUUCACGGAAGUCAAAAUUCUAGUCAACGGAAAGUAGAAACGAUUGAAAAUCAAUCAGUACCAAUUCAUCAGCAAAGCAUCCAACAGCCACCUGCAUAUCAGCACCCACCCCAAACAAAAAUGACCACACAAUCAGUAAUUAAAUUCAAGCCAGAAUAUGAAGAAUUCUCUGAUGACGAUAGUACAAUAGCAAGCACAUUUUCAUGCCCUGAAUUCUUGACUAGUCUGAUACUUCCAUCAGAAGAAAUAGAAACACUUGACAUUUUGGCUUCAGUGGGAGUCCAGUCAGCAAAAGAAAUCAUUCAAAGACUAGAAGAUCGUGCAGAAAGCAUUGUUGAAACUUUCGGUGUUGUACUUAAACAUCUAGAACAUGGCGAUUGGUCUACUUUCUGUAUUAGCACAAGCCGACUUUGUGAUGAUAUAAAAAAUGUGAUGAGAGAUUAUCACCUCAGCUCAGAAAUGAAAGAUGUAGAAUCGAUCAAGAUUAGAAACCAUGUAACAGAGGCUUUGAACAAAUUGACAACACAUAUUUUAAGUUUGAAUCAGAAUUCAUCUUCUGAAACAAAUCACAAUGUUUUGCUGCCUUCCUUUAAAGUAUUGGGAGAAGCUCUCCAUGAAAUGAUGGAAUUCCUCAUUAGUAAAGAAUUAAAAGUCCUGAUUGAAUGCCUGAAUCCUGACACCAAAAAUUCCUCAAUAAGGAUGGCAACAUGUGCCUUGGCAGAAAUGUCCCUCUCGGGAGCUUUGAUGAGUCGGCUCAUUGUUCAGGCUGGAGCCAUUUCACCUCUCCUAAGCAUCUGCAAGGUUCACAAAUGCAAGCAUUUACGCCCACUUGCCCUUCGAGUAUUAACAGUAAUAUGUUCCUCCCAAAUGGCUCUGGAAGAAUUUGAAAAAAUAUCUGGAUUCAAAACAAUUCUGAAUUUGCUAGCAGAAGAAUCUGAAGAAAAAGUUGUGUGCGAAACAGUUGGAUUUUUGGCUCAAAUUUUGAAGCAAUGGAGUGAAAACAAAUGUUCAGUUGGAACAAAAAUUGGACAAGAUUUAGAUAGUCUGGUGCAUUAUUUAACUGAAGCUGCAAAAAGAGCUCUUUCUCCAGAAAUGUUUCUACUAUCUGCUGCGUGUCUUGCUACUCUUUCAUCAUACAAUGCGAAGGCAACAAAAUGGUUAGAUAUGCAUGCACAAGAAAUGCGACUGUUGGCUAGCGGAAACAAACAAGAAAGUUAUGUAUAAAAGAAAGUUUUCAUGGAACAUUAUUAGUCAAAUGUCUUUCAUCACAGUAUCCCUAGUCAAAUUCAUGAACUCAUUCAUAAUAUAUUGAACUGAAUGAACUUUGUGAUAUUGCAUAUUUUUAUAUGGUUCAUAUUGCUUUUAUAUUCAUCAUGUGCAAAGCAAAAAAAAAAAAAAAAAUUGUAUAUAUUUUCUUCCCCAGACAUGUUUUGGUAGUUUUCAAAGAAGUAACAUGUUGGGAUAUGUAACAUACAAAUAUCGCAUCUUUGUCACUUUGAAAAGUUUUGAAUUUAUCACUGUGUGUUGAAUUAGCACUUGCUUAGUUUUAAUUCCUUAAAGAAGAAAUCCUUAAAUUAUAAGUUCUCAGAAGGAUUAUAAAUAAGAAAGAUAAUUUAAAGGUAAAAAUAUUUAUAUAUAUCAAUACUACUUAAGUAAGAUUCUAGUAAAAUUAAUUUCUUAAAAACUUAAUUAGCUAAGCAAGAGCUAACAGACAUAGUGUACAAAUGGACUAUCAUAUUUGUUAAGAUCAAUUUAUAUUCUAGAUUUUAUAUUGUUAUGAUGGUAAUGAAUACAAGUCAUGUACAAAUGAUUAUGAUAUAUAAAGAAAGAUGCUAUGCAUUACACACCUGGUGUUAUACUAGUCUAAAAAUUUGUGCAGUAUAUCUAAAAAAUGUAUUUAUACUAUAUAAAUUUAUUUGCAUUACAGAAUGUAACAUCCAGCUAGCUUUACCAAAGUUAUCCAAUUAUAUCUUUCCCAUUAUAAGGGAACUUAGAAUUGUAUAAUAUUACAAUUUAAAUGUAU